CGGCAAAACAUAAAAGCCGUGGGAAUUCUCCGAAGAAAAGAAAGCUCUUGUUUUGAGUGCGAAGCGAAGGCAUGGGGUUGACGAAUUUCGUGCUGACCGUGGCGGGUGUAAGCGCCGUUGUGCUUCUCCUCAGGAGUGACGUCAAGCAAUCUGCCUCCAUCUUCCGCCGCAACGUCAGGCACAUUCGCAACUGGCUUGAAGAAGAAUCUGCCGCCUCUUCCAAGUCAAUGGAGAAGUCCACUCCCAAAGAACUUGAUUCAAAGGUUCCUCCUAAAGACAUUCAUAAGGAGGACAAACAUUAAUGUUUAUGCAGUGAUAUGGUUCAACUCCGGACCAGUUCAAAGCAACCAAGAACAAAUGUUGAGUUUGUUUGGAUGUGAUUUAGAUUUGGUCUGAUCUGAAAUCACUUGACCAUUGAGCUUGGGUCAAUUUUCAGCAUGUCUCAAUCCAGUUGAACAUUCAUAUCCAAGUUCUAAUCCUGUUCAGGUUAUGGGGACUAAUUGGGCAUAUUUAACGAGGGGUUAGGAUCCAUUUACACCAGUUGUAGGGUCUCUGGAGAAACACUUAUGAAAUUGUUAGACAUCCUAAAUUCACUAGAAAUAUGACAAAUUUAAAUUAUAUAACUGUAGAACUUACCUUAUUU